AUGGCCUCAGCUCCACCAUCCACAGAGAUAGAGCAGGAGGCCAACUGCCCCAUCUGCCUGGAGUUCCUUACGGACCCCGUGGUCCUGGGCUGUGGGCACAGCUUCUGCCAGGCCUGCAUCACUGACUACUGUGAGAAAUGGGAGACUCGGGGAGACUUGGAGUGUCCUGUCUGCAAAUUCAAGUUUCAGAAAGGGACUUUCCGCCGAAACUGGCAGCUGGCAAACCUAGUUGAAAAAAUUAAACUGGUGCCACAAAGUUCAAGAAAAGGUGUUUGCUUGAGACACCAGGAAAAACUCCACUUCUUCUGCAAAGAAGAUGAAAAAUUAGUGUGUGUUGUCUGUGAGCGACUCCCAGAACACAAAGGACACACAAUAGUUCCCCUGGAAGUGGCUGCUCAGAAAUACAAGGAUCAGUUCUGCAACCGUCUGGGGAUUCUGAAGAAGGAGAGAGAGAGAAUUGUGGUGUAUAAAGGAGAUGUGGAGAAGGAAAGCCAAGACCUGCUCAUGAAAAAGGUGGUGAAGGAGGUGGCGAGAAACAGGGACCAGCAUCUGGCUAGAAUCUCUGAGGAGCUCUCUUCUCUGGAAAGCCUCAUCCGGGAGAUGGAGGAGAAAUGUCAGCAGCCGGCCAGUGAUCUCCUCCAGGAUGUCAGAAGCACAUUGCAGAGGUAUGAAGACAAGGAGUCGUUUGAGAAUCCAGUGGCUAAUCCGCUUGCACUGAAGUGGCACAUCUGGGACUUCUCAGAUUUAAAUUUCCUUUUGGAGGGCAUCGAGAAGCAACUCAAAGACGCUCUGGAUUUUGAGCUUCACAUGAAGAAAGCAAAUGUGACUCUGGAUCAAGACACGGCCAAUCCAUGGCUCAUCCUGUCUGAGGGUCAGAAAAGCGUGAGAAAAGGAGAAGAAGCUCAAGCUCUGCCCAACAGUCCAGAGAGAUUUGAAGGUUAUAGUGCUGUGCUGGGCUGUGAGGGAUUCACAAGAGGCUGCUGUUUCUGGGAAGUCCUUGUGGGAAGUGAGGAAAGCUGGGCUGUGGGGGUAGCCAGAAAGUCUGUGAAGAGGAAGGGAGGCCUCACUUUUGCUCCUGAGGAAGGGAUCUGGGCUAUGGGGAAGUGGUCAGGGAUGCACAGGGCUUAUAUAAAAGGACAUUACCCUCCCCUGACUGUGAGUGGGGAGCUGAAGAGGAUCCGAGUGUGCCUGAACUACGCUGGGGGGCGAGUGGCCUUUUUUGAUGCUGACCGAGCAGCCCUUCUCUACGAGUUCUCUGGAGCCUCCUUCUUUGGAGAGACCCUCCUUCCCUUCUUUGGUGUGUAUGGAAAAGGCCACCUCAAAAUCUCUUCAUAG